AUGAUUUUGGUAAUUUCUGGUGAGUUAUGUCGCAAUUUCUUUCUAAACAUAAUUCUGUAAGUAAAAUUCAAGCCUAAUCUAUCAUCGCAAACCGUUUCAGAUUCGGCGCCCCAGCCGAAACCAUCAAAAUCGGCUGACAGUAAGGAGGAAGUUGUGCACACCAAAGAAACCGAUAAAAAACUGUCUUUGCUGAACAAAGGAGAGACUAAAUUAUCGUCGAAUCAAGCCCCUGGGUACAACUACGGUCAAGGAAAUCAAUAUCCGAUAGAUACCAGCUUCAAUGGAGCUAUGAGAGCAAUGGGAUUACCUCCACUUGCCGAUGGACCAUAA